AUGGAUGAGCUAGCUGAUGAGAUCCUAGAGGAGUUAAACGCAGAAGACCCAUUACAAGUGGUCUUAACGCGGGAACAAAGUGAGCACGGGUACUUGAACGAGGAAAGCGAGGUGUACAAGCGUCUCUUGGACCAACCGAAAGAACUUGAAGCUGAGACAAAGUUUUUGGAGCUCAGGAAGAGUGGCCUCGGCAUUUUAGACAUCGGGGAGUCCAAGACUGUUGGGAGACACCUCAGGAUAUCAUGGCCGCAACAUUUUAUGCCGAGGUCAGUGAUAAACCACGCGAGGAAGCUGUUCCGAGGGCUGAGGUACGCUUUCUUAGGCUCAAACUCUUCAUAUCCUGUGAUCAUCAAUGAUAACUUGUUAGAGCAUGAAGAGGGUGCAUUGCUUAGCGAGCAUAGAAAGUUCAGGAGAGCAAUAGGAAGAAUGGCUUUUGGUCUUUGUAAUGCACCUGCGACUUUUCAAAGGUGUAAGAUGCAUAUCUUCUCUGACCUCUUUGAAGAGAAAGUGGAGGUUUUAAAGCGAUGUGAGGAGCACAGGCUUGCCUUGAACUGGGAGAAAUGCCACUUCAUGGUUCAAGAAGGGAUUGUUUUGGGUCACAAGGUAUCAGAGAGAGGCAUAAAGGUGGAUAAAGCCAAGAUCGAGGUUAUGGUGAAUCUGCAAGCUCCGAACUCGGUGAAAGGGAUAAGAAGCUUCCUUGGGAAUGCAGGGUUCUACAGGAGAUUUAUCAAAGAUUUCUUUAAAACAGCUAGACCUUUGACGAGGCUGUUGUGA